CACCGCCUAGGCAACAGUGAAAUUAAUAUUUGGCAUCCAAGCACUCUCAUUGAAAAAAAGUCUCCAAUUAAAUUUUCUUUUGAGUCUCCUACUCUUCACAGUACAGUACAAAAAAACACCCGCAAAAACCAGAUCAAUCAUCAAUCGAUCCAUUGCGCUUCCCUAUUUCUCGCAAAAAUUCCUGGAAGACAAAGUCAAAAUCCCCCCACAAGGCAAAAUUCCAAUCAUAUCGGACAAAAAAACAUGCCUUUUUCGCUAUCAUCACGCUCUGUAUGCUCGCUGAUCUUCAGCUUAUUUGCCUCCUCUUUCAUCCCCGUAUCAGUUUCUGUACCUUUCAUCGUUCUCCAUGGAAUUGGAGACCAGUGUUCAAACAGAGGAAUGAAGCAAUUUACCCAGGAACUCAGCGAAUUCUCUAAAUCUAAAGGAUACUGCUUGGAAAUUGGAGACGGAUCAUGGGAUUCUUGGUUUAAGCCCCUACAAGAACAGACAGAAAUCGUAUGCAAUAAGGUGAAGCAAAUGAAAGAACUCCGGGAGGGUUACAACAUUGUUGGUCUUUCACAGGGUAACUUAAUAGGUCGAGGUGUUGUGGAGUUCUGUGAUGGUGGACCACCGGUAAGGAAUUUCGUAUCUCUAGGAGGACCUCAUGCUGGUACUGCUUCAGUUCCUCUUUGUGGUGUAAGUGGUACUUCCACUGGUAUAUUUUGCAUUAUAGCUGACGCUCUAAUCAAAUCUGAGAUCUACUCCGACUAUAUCCAAGCUCACUUGGCUCCUAGUGGCUAUCUAAAGCUUCCUAAUAAUAUUGAUGGCUACCUGACCAAAUGUAGAUUUCUGCCGCGGCUUAACAAUGAACUCCCUGGAGAAAGGAACAACACUUACAAAGAACGGCUUGCUAGCUUACAAAAUCUUGUCCUUAUCAUGUUUGAACAUGAUACCGUCUUAAUACCAAAAGAGACCGCUUGGUUUGGAUAUUAUCCAAACGGGGUAUUUGAUCUGAUUUUGAGACCACAACAGACGGAACUCUACACAGACGAUUGGAUUGGUUUGAAAACACUAGAUGAUUCCGGAAGGUUGAAGUUCAUUUCAGUGCCAGGAAAUCACCUUGGAAUCUCAGAAAAUGACAUGAAAAAACACGUAGUUCCCUAUUUAGAGGACGAAAAACUUAAACAAGGUAAUGAGAUUGGGCCGAAAUUUGAUCGAUCAAAAGAGGGCAAAUCUGCAGAGGUAGUAUUUGACGGUUCAUCAUCUUACCGUUUGAUUAUGUGAGGUUGUAAUGUGUACUGUGUUUAUUUUCUUGGUUCGAUUAUGUGAGGUUGUGCUUUCAUUUGAUGAUGGAUACAUUUGCAAAGUGGAAAAUUUGAUGUUGAUUAGGAUCAGAAGUUAAUGUUUUGAACUUCAUCACUACAAAUGUAUUUCAAAAUUUAAUGUUUUGAGGGCGUGUUUGUUUGUAAAUAAAUCUGUUGAAAAUGAAUUUUUUCGAGUUAAUCUGAAA